CCUCAAUCCAUAGCUUGCUUUCCGCUUGCUUGCACCUGCAGCACCUGCAUCUGCCAGAUUGCGCUUCAACUGCCCGUGACUUGUCCAACUACCCUUAGAAUAUCCUGUUACAGCCAGUCCUAUGCUCUCCGGUGAUGACCACCACAUAAAAUUCUCGUUCUCGGAAGGGACUGUUUGCGACUUCCCUUCCUUGACCAAAGAAGAAAGACACAUCAGCCGCCCAAUCGAUUCAUCCCCCCGAGCUCGACACCCACUACCGCCACCACCACCGUCGACAUGUCUUUAAUACGCUACAGCUCCGACGAUUCACGAAGUGUUGUCCUACGUCACCAGCAAACGCUCGUGCUCUACGAUCCGCACUCGCGCCAAAUAAUCCUCCGUGAAGCUUCGCCCGCCACUCCCGUGGAUGCCACCAACUCCCAAUCGUGCCCGUACUGCAAGAGACCCAUGCAUCAUGGCGACGAGCCCACCUCCGAUCCGCUCAGUCCGGGACUAGGUGGCCACCGAGCGCGAAGCAGCACCCCACUUGCGGAUUCGGGCUUUGUCGACCAACACUACUUCCGGAUGCUGGAUUCUUCGAUCCCGGUGGUGGACUCGACAUCACCGGAGACUAGGAGAUCGGUGCCGCUCCCGAGGCUGACGCCGGAGACAAACCAGAGCUCGAGUGACGAAGCAGCGAGCGAAGACGACGCGCCCAAUUCGCAACGCGAUGGAGGCAUCAAAGACAGUUCUUUCAGUCCAGGCUACUUUGAAAGGUUUUUUGUCACAGAGCGUGAGCUCGGGAGGGGAGGGAAGGGAGUGGUGUUACUCGUACGACAUGUUCUGGACAGUGUCACACUCGGGAACUUUGCUUGCAAAAGAGUGCCGGUUGGAAACAAUCACGGGUGGUUAGAGAAGGUGUUGAUGGAAGUUCAAUUGCUUCAGCGACUUUCGCAUGCCAAUCUGGUCUCAUAUCGACAUGUCUGGCUUGAGAAUGCGCAGAUUUCUGCUUUCGGCCCUAGCGUGCCUUGUGCCUUCAUCCUUCAGCAGUACUGUAAUUCCGGCGAUCUCCACCACUUUAUUCUGGGCUCUCCGAAGCCGCCCACCAAAGAGUCGUUGAAGGAACGCUUACGGCGGAAGUCUCGGGGACAGCCAGAACCUCCAGGACAACUCUUCAACAUAAGAAAGAUGCCUUUUAAACAGAUCAUCUCGUUUUUCCGAGACAUCGCCCAGGGAUUAAAUCACUUGCAUUCAAACGGCUUCAUACACAGAGAUUUGAAACCUUCAAACUGCUUGUUACAUGACACUGGGAUUCCCGGCGAAGAACUGAAGGUCUUGGUCAGCGAUUUCGGAGAAGUACAGAUGGAGAAUCAAGUACGGGAGUCAACAGGCAACACGGGAACGAUAUCAUAUUGUGCACCGGAGGUCCUCAAGCGGGUAGCACCUGGCGGGGCAUACGAAAACUUCACAACGAAAUCAGAUAUCUUCUCUCUAGGGAUGAUCCUACAUUUCAUGAGUUUCGGAAAACUCCCCUACAUAUGUGCUGAUCAGAUCAACGAAGAAAACGAAGACAUGGAGGCUCUUCGUGCUGAGAUAUCGGCCUGGAAAGGCUUGGAUGAGCACGAAAUGAUCCGCACAGACCUUCCCGAGCAGUUGUACCAUUCUCUGAAAGCUCUCAUCAACCCCGAUCCGACAGUACGACCGUCCGCAGAGGAAAUCCUCCUUGGAAUCGAGUUGGGUGUCAGCGAGGAGGCACCACCGAUGAGACGCGGCUCCGUUGCGCACAACAGUCCCCCAGUAAUCGACGAGAGCCAAACACUUGGCUUCAAGCGAAUUUCGCCUAUCGCUGACACUCCGCGAUCAAUCACUCCCGAUCCCCUGGGGCCACGAUCGCUCAAGGAACCCCCGUCUUUUACCAGCAACGGACAUACCCUAGGGGAUAAACGUAAUGGUUCCUCACGCGGUCCCAGGAAUUCAAAACUGAGUUGGAGCGCUACGCCACCCGGUUCCCCGAAGAGACCCUCUGGGUCGCCGAAACAACCAAAGCUGCAGAAGGAGAAUACAAUAGCCCCCGAAGACCCGGUGACCGGAUCUUCUAUGACCGAAUCGUCGAUGAUAUUGAGGCCCCAUCUCGACUCACCCAAGCCGAUCGAACCUCUCCUAGAUUUCGAAGUCGUCCCACCAACUGGUUCAGGCUGGAGAGGAAAAUUGCUCGCGCCGCAGUCGAUUAUAUUGGUGAAGAUUGUUGUCUUUUUCAUGAAGAUGCUGUCCCUCACGAGACCUUGCAUCCCAGCGGCGCCCAACUCUUCUGUUCACUACCCCAUGAUUAUGUUUGCGAUUCUGGAUUUUAUCGCGCCGUCGCUGACUUUGACGACGACACUGGGUAUUGCGCAUAUUGGCUUGCUCAUGUUGGUCAACACAUUUGGCGAAUUGUGUAUGUACUGAAUCAGGUUGAAACUGCGAUGUGAUGGGCUUCCUAUGGGCUUCCUUUUUGUUCCUUCUGUUGCAAGCGAGUGUAAUUUGGUAAUUUGGUGUUUAUGGUGUUGUUAUCUACAGAACUAUUUCUUACUUGAAGUCCCGAAAU